CUUUAAUUUCAGAGCCUGCAAAGAGGAGCCGUCUUUUGCUGCUUUGGGAUCCCAGCAAGAAUUGGGGGCCUGAUGGAUUUUAAAUGCACCUGCUUUAUUUAAAACCCAGCCAAACAGAUAAGUGCCCUUUUAAUUAUCUCAUAACAGCAUUUUAGACAUAGCUGUGCGCAACACCUCUUUUCAGUUGGGUUCAAUUCGAUAAGCCCUCUGUUUCACCAUCGCAAAUGAAUGCUCUGCAGUUCUCCUUUCGGCUGAGAAAUACCAGAUGAUAUCGGUAUUUCAUGUGAGCUAAUUAAUUAGUGUCUUAGGGAGCUGCAGCUGAUGGCUCGGGAAGUCAUCUCCCAGGGGUCUUUCCCUGUCCCUCUGGAACUGCUGUCUCCAGCAGCCCUGUGAAGUUUUGGGACUCUGAGGAGCAGCUCUGAGGGACCAGAGGAGGCUGAUGUGACCCAUCUGAGCCUUGAGGAGUCCUCUGGGACUCAUUAGAGGUUUAAUAGCUAAACUUGGCUGCUUUGAUUGAGAAGAUGCUUGUGCAGGCUGGGCGCAAUCUCAGAGAAACCAACUAACACUGCUGGCAGGAGAGAGGGCUUUCUGCAUGUGCUGGUCAUAUGUGUGGGGAGAAAGUGAUAACCCUGCUUCUUCCUGACAGUUUCCAGGUGAUCUUUGGGGACACUUGGGAGUCUGUAGUUUCUGAAUGCAUGAUCUUCUUCUGGGAUUAGAAGAAAGCCAUGGGGAAAGACAAGAAGGAACAGGAGCCUGUCUUUCUGAGGAAAAAGAUAACUUUGCUGCGGGCUUUCUCACUCCUCAUCGGCAGUAUGAUUGGCAGUGGCAUCUUCAUCUCCCCAAAAGGAGUGCUGAAAAACUCUGGCAGCGUGGGUUUGUCCCUGGUUGUCUGGUUUGCCUGUGGGGUCCUUUCAAUGUUUGGUGCCUUGUGUUACGCAGAGCUUGGAACAAGAAUCACCAAGUCUGGAGGACAUUAUAUUUACAUUUUGGAGACACUAGGGCGUCUGCCAAGUUUCUUAUUUCUGUGGGCAGAGUUUUUUGCUAUUAGGCCUGCCAACAGUGCUGUUAUUUCUUUGGCGUUUGGAAGCUACAUGCUGGAGCCAUUUUUCGCCCCCUGUGCACCCCCUGUCCCUGCUGUGAAGCUUGUGUCUCUCCUAGGGUACUACAUGAUCCUCGCCCUCAAUUCCUGGAGCGUCACCUGGAGUGGCCAGCUGCAGACAGCUCUCUCCGUUGUCAAACUCCUGGCUCUUGCACUCAUCAUCGUGCCAGGGAUGAUGCUGCUAGCCCAGGGCCACACUGAGAACUUCGAGGAUGCUUUUGACAGACAGUCCCUGGUUUUGGAUAAACUUCCCCUGGCUUUUUAUGCAGGCAUGUUCGCGUAUUCAGGCUGGUUCCAGACCAGCUUUGUGCGUGAAGAGUUGGUCAGACCUGAACGAAACAUCCCCCUGGCUGUCAUCGUGUCUGUGAUCACAGUAAUUGUGGGGUACAUGCUCACCAAUGUCUCUUAUUACACAGUCUUGGAAACACAAGACGUUCUGGCUUCUCCUGCUGUGGCUGUGAGCUUUGCUCAACAAGCCUUCAAAAGCUUGACCUCCGUAAUCCCUAUCCUUGUCUCGCUGUCAUGCUUUGGAACCAUGAAUGGAGGAAUCUUCACGUUUUCAAGGACCCUGUUUGUGGCUUCCAGGGAAGGACAGUGGCCUCCUCUCUUUUCCAUGAUCCACAUCCGAAGGCAUACACCCCUUCCUGCUGUCAUGUUAAUGUUCCCUUUGGUUACUACCAUGGUGUGUAUCGGAGACAUCUAUCAUCUGUUGAACUUCUUCAGCUUUUCCCGGUGGCUCUUCAUAGGAUUAGCCACCCUUGGGCUCAUUGUCCAUCGCUACCGUCACCCAGAGCUGCAGAGCACGUUCAAGGUUCCCCUGUUCAUUCCCAUCUCUUUUACCAUCAUCUGCCUCUUCACAGUGGCAAUGUCUUUCUACUCAGACCCUGUGAAUAUUAGCAUCGGAUGCACCAUAGUUUUAAGCGGUUUUCCAGUCUACUACCUCAUAAUCCACAAGCAAAUGUCAGAUUGUUUCCGUAGCCCAUUAUAUUAUCUUACACAUAAACUACAGUUACUGCUGGAAGUAGUCCAACAAGAAAUCAAGACUUACUGAGAAAACCAUCAGAACUCACACAAGAAUGUAAAAUCUACUUACUUCGUUUCUGAUACCUUUGAUCCUAUCAAAAGCAGCCCAUGGUACUGUUCUUUUAAUUGCUGCAAAUGAGAAUAAGCCUGAGCCAAAACCCUGCUGCAAGUCUUCCGAAGUUUGCUGAUCGGGACUGGGAUGAGUGCAUAGCAUCUCUUUCUGCCCCCCUCUUUUUUAGCAGAACAAUCUACUUCUGUGAAAUGAGUGUGCUUUGCCCUCAGGGUGUCUUCAAAACCGAGAUCCUAUUUUGCAGCCUAGCCCAGUCCUCAGUAAAGUAGUGUACGUG